AUGGAAUCCGUCGUGCCGCCCCAGAUUACGGCGGAGCUGACGCAGAUCCUCUCUAAUCUCGUCCUGGGCGAUAAUGAGAUUCGGUCAAAUGCGGAGAAGGCGGUCAAUGAGAGGCUUGCGACGACUCCUGAGCUGUAUCUGCUCGCUCUGGCUCAGUUUGCGAUCAGUGCAGACACGGACGUGAUGCGAUCCUUCUCGCUUGUCCUUCUUCGCCGUCUCCUUUUCCGACCAGCGCCCUCAACCCAGACGUCGCAACACCACUCAAUACCUAGCGCCCGUCUGACCCUCUACGACCACCUCUCGCAUCAAACCAUCUCCAACCUCGAGCGGAUCCUCCUCUUCUCCCUAUCCCACGAAACAGCCAUCACGGUGCGGCGCAAGGCCGUCGACACCGUCUGCGACCUCGCGAACCAGGGCAUGGCUCGCGGAAAGCCGUGGCACGCCCUCCAAGCGCAGUCCUUCUCCAUGACACACGCCCAGGGACCAGAGAGAGGCGUACCAGGCCCGCAGUUGAGAGAAACUGCGUAUAGGAUCUUUGCUGGGUGCCCCAAUCUGGUCAUGGACCUCCAGGUCGAUGCGGUGUUGGGUGUGUUUCAGCGCGGGCUCCAGGACCCGGAGAGCAUCGAGGUCCGACACGCCGCCCUCCUGGCGUCAGUAGCGUACCUGUCAGCAGCAGACGCAGGCCAGCUCUCGCAAUCGAUUUCCCUACUAGGCCCGAUGCUCGACACGUUACCACCUCUCGCAAAUUCACUCUCUCAACCCCCAUUAGGAGCACACGACUCCUCUUCGCCCAAAGCCUCGAAUUACCACUACCUCUCAACGUUCCUUUCGACAUUGACACCACUAUGCUCGACCCACCCGAUCCUAUUCGCCCCACACCUCCAGUCAUUACUCACUUUCCUACCCGCACUCAUCCUUCCCGCUGUCGACUGCGGCCCAACACCCACUGUCGGACGUCCAUUCCCCACGUCCUCCGGCAGCGGAAACGGAAACGGCACCCGUCAGGGCGCGUUCGUCUUCCCUCCGCCCGGCUCCUCUUCAUCGCUGGGAGAUGGAGACCGCGAAGGCUCGCCAGUAGACAUUGAAGAAGAGGACAGAGACGAACGCUCGACGCUCAGGUUGAGUGCAUUGGAGUUCAUGAUCAGCUUGUCGGAGUCCCGACCUAGUAUGGUUAAGAAGGUGCCGGGGUGGACGGAGGUGAUUGUCAGAGCGUGUCUGGAGGGUAUGGGCGAGUUUGAGGAGGACGAGCGGGAGGGGUUGGAGACUUGGCUACGAGAAGACCCAUCGUCAGCGUCAAGUUCGGCAGACACAGACUCACCGCCAGCGCUGUACGAGCAGUCAUUGGAUCGUUUGGCAUGCGCUAUGGGCGGACGGUCCGUUCUGCCUCCUGCUUUCCAGGCCAUACCGUCCAUGAUGGCGAGCUACGACUGGCGCGUACGGCACGCCGGGCUCAUGGCGAUAGCCGCGAUUGGAGAGGGCACGGGAAAGGUCAUGCAAAAGGAACUGGAGAAGAUCGUAGAUCUCGUGACGCCCAUGUUCAACGACUCGCAUCCGCGGGUACGAUAUGCUGCGUGUCAGUGUAUAGGACAGCUAUGUACGGAUUUAGAGGAAAUUAUUCAAAAACGGUUCCACCAAAAACUAUUCGCCGUACUAAUACCAACAUUAGAAGAUCCUGAACCAAGAGUACAUGCACACGCCGCUGCCGCUCUGAUCAAUUUUUGCGAGGGUGUCGAGCGAGAAACUCUGCUACCAUAUCUCGACCCGAUCGUCGAACGGCUCCUCAAACUGCUCAACCCGGGUGGAGACCAGGCGCAAGUACGAAGAUAUGUCCAGGAACAAGCAAUUACGACACUGGCGAUGGUCGCAGAUGCGAGUGAGAUCACUUUUGGGAAGCACUAUCCUACGAUCAUGCCGCUCCUGUUGAAUGUUCUGAGAAACGCGGACAGUCCGGACUAUCAGAAACUACGGGUUAAGGCGAUGGAAUGUGCUGGGCUGAUAGCCAUCGCCGUUGGUCCUGAUGUGUUCAGACCGGAUUCAAAGACGCUCGUUGAGCUGCUUAUGCGAAUUCAACAGAGUCCUGUUGACCCAAACGACACGCAACUCAGCCACUACCUCAUCGCGACGUGGGCGAAAGUAUGCCAAGCAAUGGGGCAAGAAUUCGAGCCAUAUCUACCCGUUGUCAUGCCCUCGCUGCUCGCGACCGCAAGUGCGAAAGCCGACCUCUCCGUCUACGAUGAAGAGGACGAAAACGCGGAAGACCGAGAAGGAUGGGAGACCAUCGUCAUGGACGGUCAAACGUACGGCGUACGGACAUCAGCGAUGGACGAGAAGUGCCAGGCAUUUGAGACUCUGGUGAUUUAUUGCUCAACGUUGGGUCCUCGCUUCGCGCCCUACCUCUCGCAGACGUUGGAAGUAACGCUUCCAUGUCUACGGUUUUAUUUCCAUGAAGGCGUGCGUGAGGCCUGUGCGAUGCUGAUACCCAUGCUCCUCUCCUGUGGCAAGCAAUCCGGGACGCUCACAAACCAAAUGGUCUCGGCAACGUUUCUCCAGCUCAUCAAUUGCAUCAGCUCCGAACACGACUCAACCUUCCUCGCGUCUCUCUAUAAAUACUUCUCGGAAGCCUUGCUCGUUGUCGGCGGGCCCGAGGCGCUCUCGCCGCAGUUCCACGAGGGUAUCAUGGAGGCUACAAAACGUCAACUCCACUCCCUCGCCGACAAACGCAAGUCGCGUGCGGCGAGGGCUUCAUCGAAUGCAGCUGACUUCGACCGCGACGAGAUGGCGUUGAUAGAGGAGAUUGAGGACUUCGCCUUAGAGGAUAUGGGCAAGAUGCUCAUGAGCUUCGACUCGAAUCAUCCACUACUCGUCGCAGUGUCGAGUGUGAGGGAGCUGGGGUUAAAUACAUAUGAUAGUGAUGAGGAUGUGGACGAUGAAGGUUAG